GCACUAAUGGGCUUGCCAAACGUUUACCAUCACUAACCUAUCCAUCGACAAAAACAACGUACGUCUGCACAGCAGUAAAAUUAACGAAGAUUUUUUUCCGUACUGAUAAAAGCCGCAUAUAUUCUACAUGCCAAUAAUCGAGCCCAACGACUGAGCCACGUCCUGCGUCACCGCGAGAAUUCCAAUCACAUCGAACGGACAGCACCUGAAAGCACCCGACAUUCACAUACCCACCCGCCAUGGACGCCCAUUCGCGUUUCGCGCCGAGAUUUCCAGGUCCAGCCAUCAAUCCGAUCGUCGACAACUCGGACGAGCCACAGCCCAGUCUCUCCGAUCUGCACGACUUCGAGCCGAAGCUAGAGUUUGACGAUACCGAGCUGCUGGCCCCAUCGCCCCUAGAAAAAGAUGUUAUGGUCGGCGACUUUGUCCUGCCGGAUGAGUCAGCACUAGAACCCGAGGAAGAUGUAAACCCACUGGAGGACGAUUUUGAGGACCAACUCAGGGAACAAUCUGAGAACUUUCAGGCACCCAGAAACAAAUGCGAUUUCCUGGGGACCGACAAGCAAGGCCGUCACAUUUUUGGCAUUUAUGCAUCUCGAUUUCCCGAAAAAUCCCAACUGGAAGGCUUCGUGCGUGAAAUCAUCAAAGAGAUUGAACCAUUUGUGGAAAACGACUAUAUCUUGGUAUAUUUCCAUCAAGGCCUCAAGGAGGACAACAAACCAUCCGCACAAUUCCUUUGGAACUCGUACAAGGAGCUCGAUCGUAACUUCCGCAAGAACCUGAAGACGCUGUAUGUGGUGCAUCCCACGUGGUUUAUACGGGUCAUCUGGAACUUCUUCAGCCCCUUCAUCAGCGAUAAGUUCCGCAAGAAGCUAGUCUACAUCUCCAGCCUGGAGGAGCUGCGCCAGGCGCUCGGUCUGAACAAGCUGAAGCUGCCGGACAACAUUUGCGACCUGGACGACAAGCUUAACCCAAGUCGGAAGCCAUCGACUCCACCACCCAGCAGCAGCAGCAUAAAUGCAUCCCGGCAGCAGCAGCACAAAAUGGCGACGACGCAUCAAUUCGGUGUGCCCCUUAAGUUUAUCGUGAUGAACAGUCCAUGCCUGAACUCCAUUCCGCCUAUUGUGCGCAAAUGCGUUGACUCUCUGUCCAUAACUGGCGUAAUCGAUACGGAGGGCAUCUUCCGGCGAUCCGGAAACCACAAUGAGAUCAUGGCGCUUAAAGAGCGCGUCAACCGAGGCGAGGAUGUGGAUCUGAAGAGUGUGAGUGUACACGUGAUCGCCGGCCUGCUGAAGAGUUUCCUGCGUGAUCUCUCCGAGCCGCUGCUCACCUUCGAGCUGUACGAGGACGUGACCCGAUUCCUGGACUGGCCCAAGGAGGAGCGUUCCAGGAAUGUUACCCAACUGAUACGCGAAAAACUGCCCGAGGAAAAUUAUGAACUGUUCAAAUAUAUCGUAGAGUUCCUGGUCAGGGUAAUGGACUGCGAGGACCUCAACAAGAUGACCUCCUCCAACCUGGCCAUCGUGUUCGGUCCCAAUUUCCUGUGGUCGCGCAGCACCAGCACCUCCCUGGAGGAGAUUGCCCCCAUCAACGCUUUUGUCGACUUUGUGCUGCAGAACCACAAGGACAUCUAUUUGAUCGACGUCAAUCAGCGCACUGUGACCGUCGAUUAACGACUGGCCCCCCACAAACAAGUCCGUAAUUGUAAAUUGUUUGAUUUUAAUGUUAGUCCUAAGUGAACCAAUGGUUAGCUAAAAAGAGAACACACAAACUAGAGCAGAUGGCAGUUUCGUGUAUAAAGUGUACUUUAAUCUUAAGUGAAUUUAAACUGUGUGUAAGUGUGUGGAACUGCUUGUAGCCCCAACUCCACGCCAACUUCCCCUAAAUCACAAUUAUUUAGCCCCACCCCCCACUAAGCGCUUAGUACGAUUGAUUUACCAAAGAAAUUUGCUUGUGUUCGUACGGCGACGAACAAGAGAGAAAUUUGAAAUGAGAUGUUAUAAUUAUAAUAUGUAUUAACGCACAUUCCCCAUACCCGGAAACGAAUCUUGGUUGCGUUGCUGAAUGCACCUGCCACGCGUAAGUGGAGUUGUGGCAAACUCAAAAAUCGUAUAAUGUGUAGAAUUUUGAAUUUCCUUAUAGUCAUACAAACAAUUUUUAUAAAAUAACGGUAUUGUUAAAAAUAAAGCAAAUGUUAAAACCAUGAA